GGCCAAAUUCCUCUGUGAGAAGAAAGUCAAAUUGUAAGUGCAAUAUUUGUUCCCUUAUAAACCCUAAUUUAACACCUUUCAUUCCAGCAUUCUUCCUCCCUUCCAAAGAGAUCAAGAAGGAAAGGGUAAAAAAAAGGAUUUGAUAGCUCCACAUAAACUUUGAAGUGCGAUACGGGAAGUUGUCAUCGGCCAUAUAUCGAGCUAUGCAUCGAGAAGAAUCCAAGAUGACAACUGUUGUUUCUGAGUUUGAAGGCACGCUUCUGAAGGACCCGGACCCCUUCUCCUACUUCAUGCUUGUAGCUUUCGAGGCUUCGGGGAUCAUACGUUUUGCGCUGCUGCUAUUGAUGUGGCCGGUGAUUCGGGUGCUGGAAGCAUUGGGGCAGGGGGAUGCUGGCCUCAGGCUGAUUAUCUUUGUAGCGGUCUCUGGCGUCCGCAUGUCGGAGAUCGAGUCGGUGGCGAGGGCAGUCUUGCCAAAGUUCUACAUGGACGACGUGAACAUGGAUGCUUGGAAGGUCUUCAGCUCCUAUGGGAAGAGAGUCGUCAUAACCAAGACUCCGCGCAUUAUGGUGGAGUGGUUCGUGAGGGACCACUUGUUGGCCGAUGAAGUUGUCGGGAGUGAACUUGUCGUUAACCGGUUUGGGUAUGCCACCGGUUUCAUCAAGGGUGAGAUGAGUGUCAUCUCGAAUCAGGCUGCUCAGGUGUUAAGCAGCGAGGACCAGCCCAUAAUAGUGGGGUUGCGAAGGCCAGAACCAGGUUGUUGUUUGCCUCCAUGCAAGGAAACGUUGUAUCCACCGUAUACUUCAAAAGCGAGGCUAGAUCGGCAAGAUCUACGUCCUCUUCCGGUCAUCUUCCAUGACGGCCGCCUAGUCAAGAGGCCGAUGCCCUUCACAGCCCUCGUGAUCCUAUUGUGGAUACCUCUGGGCAUAAUCCUUGCAUUUAUUCGCAUUUUUAUUGGUUUAAUCUUGCCGAUGAAAGUGAUCCCGUAUGUGACUCCUAUAUUCGGGGGCGGAAUGAUUGUGAAGGGAAAGCCACCGGCACCUCCCGGGUCCCAUGGCAACUCUGGCGUUCUCUUUGUUUGCACUCAUCGUACAUUGAUGGAUCCGGUUGUCCUAUCCACGGCACUGGGGCGUAAGGUUCCAGCAGUGACUUACUCCAUCUCCCGUCUUUCGGAGAUCCUAUCCCCUAUUCCAACCGUCCGGCUGUCAAGAAACCGAGAAGUCGAUGCCCAACAGAUUAAGCGUCAACUUGAAAAAGGCGACCUAGCAGUGUGUCCAGAAGGAACAACAUGCCGGGAACCAUUUCUCCUGAGGUUUAGUGCACUUUUUGCUGAAUUGACAGAUAGAAUAGUGCCGGUGGCAAUGAACUAUCGGGUAGGGUUCUUCCAUGCAACAACCGCUCGAGGUUGGAAGGGCUUGGAUCCGAUAUUCUUCUUCAUGAACCCUCGACCCGUCUACGAAGUAACCUUCCUAAACCAGCUACCCACUGAGGCAACUUGCUCGGCAGGUAAGAGCCCAUAUGAUGUGGCGAAUUACGUGCAGAGGAUCCUAGCAGCAACGCUAGGGUUCGAGUGCACCAACUUCACAAGGAAAGACAAAUACAGAAUACUCGCUGGAAAUGAUGGAACGGCAUCCUAUGCUUCGCUUAGCGAUCAAAUCAAGAAGGUUGUGAGCAUCUUCAAGCCGUUUAUUCACUGAUCACACGGUUGGGAUGUUUGUUCUCCUUGAAUAUGAUGUUCGUAAUUUUUUUAAACUUUUUUGGGAUUAUUGUUUGAUAUUUAAUUUGUCAAUAAAUAUGUGUUAAGGAUAACUGAUGAUGAUGAUGUCUUGUAUUGUUUUGGUUGAUUUAGUUAUCCCACUGCAGGAGAUACGACGUGGAUGUUCUGUAUAUUAAUUAUUUGGCUCAUAUGUAUCACAGCAAAUAAAUUUGGUUCCUUUUGGUGGGA